AUAGAUAUUCUGACACCGAUCCACGAGAAAGGAUUAAGCGUACGCAAAUUGCGCGACGAGAUCAGUAUCGUGGCAAAGCUAUAGUCGAUAACAUAUAGAGAGAGAAACUAGUUAAAAGCAAACUUCACGUUUGCCAAGUGAAAAAAAAAUAAGGAAAGAAAAAACGACAAACUGUGUUGCACAUCAUGGUUUCGAAUAACGAUAUGCGCCGUGCCUCGCUGAGACGAGGAUCCUUGAGACGUGGUUCGGUACGUCGCUCAUCAUUGGUACCAUCAUCCACUAGUUUAGAUCUGCCAUGGGAUAUUUUAGAUCGUUUAUUGAUACCAAUACUCUGCUGUCACGCCGCGGCAAUCGUUUUAUCUGGCAUUUUAAAUUCGCUCCACAUUUCGGACGUAUCGACAUUAACAUUGUUCGCCUGGUUUGCUCUAUCAACAGGUGGAGCUAUAUUAUUUUAUCAUCAUUUGAAGGUAUCUGCCAGUGGAAAAGCUAUUUUGAUCACCGGUUGUGAGUCACCGCUUGCAUGGUGCUUGGCUCGUAAACUUGAUGAGCUUGGAUUCACAAUUUUUGCUGGUUUUACAAAACGUAGCGGCUGCAGUGAUGCUGAUUUAUUGAAAGAAGAAUCGUCGGGACGGACAAAAAUUUUACAACUUGACGUAACUUCGGAGACGCAGAUGCUUGAGGCCUCUCUUUAUAUAUCGGAACAUCUUCCAGAUGGUGCUGCCGGAUUAUGGGCCGUUGUACAUUGCUCGUGUUGGGUAGCUCUUGGCGAACUUGAAUGGAUUCCAUUUGCUGUUCUCCGUAAAUCAAUUGACGUUAAUUUGCUUGGUGCUGCCAGAUUAACACAGAUCUUUUUGCCAUUGGUUCGUCGUGCAAAUGGUCGCAUUGUUUUCGUUUCGUCGGCUUUGGCCCGUGUACCGGCACCUAUUAGAGGCGCACAAUGUGCUACACAAGCAGGUAUUGAACAAUUGGCUAUUUGUUUGCGUCAAGAGCUACGACCACGCGGUGUCGAUGUUUCGAUUGUUGCCGCCGGCGAAUUUGCAUGUGGAACGGCUUGGCUAUCAGAAGCAUCUAUGUUGGAACAAGCUCGCAACAUGUGGAGCCAAUUAACUGCAGAACAGAAAAGCAACUAUGGUGAAGAUUAUUUUGAACGUGCCCUUCGAAGCCUCGAAAAAUAUACGGAAAAGGAAGCCGAUUUGGGUCCAACAAUUCGUUGUUUGGUUGAUGCUUUGGUUCGCACAUGUCCAUUAUCACGUUAUACACCAGUUUCUACCGGGGAAAAGUUCCAGUGCUUUGUCGCCGAACACUUGCCACGUUGCUUUUAUGAUGCCAUUUAUGGCAAAUAAACAUCUUAAAUCCAUAUUUUUGUAGCCACAAAAGAGUAAAGGAAUGAAAGUGAAAAAAGAAGAGAGAGCGAGAGAGAGAGAGAGAGAGAAAAAGAAAGGAAGAAAAUGGAUAAAGAUAGAAAUAAAGGAAAAAAGAAAUGAACGACUAUAUGUCAUGAAAGUUAGUUUCACAACAAAAAGUAAUUGCAUUUGAUCUUUUCACAUUAUUUUUGAAUUAUAUUAUCCCCCAAUUGAUAACAAUGUUCUGAGAUUUUUUUUAAAAAUAAAAUGAACAUAAUUAGGCGGAA